GUAGCAUCGCUUCUUCCUCUAACUUACACCAACAACUCCUCCUUUUUCUCCCAAACCAUUUCCUUUUUUUCCUCUAACAACAUCACCAUCUUUCUUUGCGUUCUCUUGACUCUCAUCUUUCCACGUUCAUCUUGAAUAACCUAAAGUUUCUCAGAGCUGAAAAUCUCCUUCGAUCCAAAUCUUUCCGUUCACACAUAUGUUUUGGUGUUGAGAAAUUCUCUUACCUUUGAUGAAUCUUCAUAUGCAAUCAACUUGUUCAAGUUAACAGAGUGGAUGUUCUUUUAUAUGCCCCGGCUUGUUUACAGUCUUUAAAGCAUAGCGAGACGGUGACUGAGAUGCCUUGUCAUGUUGGUUCUCCGGCUGCGAAGCUGAUUAGGUCUAUUAGAAUGGCCUUAAACUUAGUACUGGUGACCCAUCGUGGGUAGAUAUGAAUUCAUCUAGAAAUUUGGCUACCUCAACGCUAAGUUGUGGAGAAGUGCAGCGAAGAAGAAGAAUAAGACGUGAAGAUGAGGGACCAAGUAAUCCAGAUCACUCCAAGAGGAUCAUCAGGGCAGCAAUAUGCGUACAGGCAUUCACCGGAGAAGAUCUGGUUACCAUUAGUAGCUAAGAAUACGUUAUUAGCCAUAUUCUUCGUGAUUCUUCUGUGCAUCGGCGCAUUCUACUCGACAAAUAUACCCAAUUCCUAUGUUUUUAAUUCAGUCUCUAGUUUUACACCAAUGAAAUCGGUUUUCUCUGCAACUACCGUUGAUGAUAACAAGAUGCCUUUUGCCCCGAAGAAUACAGUUGAAUUCCCGCUGAAUUGUUCGGUGGUUGAUGAGAAUAUGAAGACAUGCCCAGCUAAUUACUACCCAUCAAAAUUUGUACCUAACAAUACUUCAACAAAGUCGAAAGGCACAUGCCCAGAGUACUUUCGUUACAUCCAUGAAGAUUUAUUACCUUGGAGAAAGACUGGGAUUACAGAAGACAUGGUUUCUAUGGCUUCCAAGACGGCCAAUUUCCGGCUGGUGAUUUUGAACGGCAAGGCUUAUGUUGAGACCUAUGAGAAAGCAUUCCAGACCAGAGAUACUUUCACGCUGUGGGGAAUAUUGCAGUUGCUGAGGAAAUACCCAGGUCAAAUUCCCGAUUUGGAUCUCAUGUUUGAUUGCGUUGAUUGGCCAGUCAUCAAGAAGGAAGAUUAUGACUGUCCCAAACCCAAUUCCUCAAACCCGAUUCCAGGGCCACCGCCUCUGUUCCGAUAUUGCGCCGACGAUGUAACCUACGACAUUGUCUUCCCAGAUUGGUCAUUCUGGGGAUGGGCUGAAAUCAACAUAAAGCCAUGGGAGCAUUUGUCUAAGGAUCUGAAAGAGGGGAACAAGAGGAUUAACUGGACGGACAGGGAACCGUAUGCGUAUUGGAAGGGCAACCCAAAUGUUGCAGAAACCAGGAUGGACUUGCUCAAGUGCAAUGUUUCAGACACUCAAGACUGGCAUGCUAUGAUUUAUGUUCAGGAUUGGGUUAAAGAACAUGAGGAAGGCUACAAGAAAUCCGACUUGGCAAAACAAUGCAAUCACAGAUACAAAAUUUAUAUAGAAGGAUCAGCAUGGUCUGUGAGUGAGAAAUACAUCCUUGCCUGUGAUUCUGUUCCAUUGAUAGUAAAUCCAAAUUACUAUGAUUUCUUCUCAAGAGGAUUGAUACCUCUGCAACAUUACUGGCCUAUAAAUGUCGAUGACAAGUGCAGAUCUAUAAAGCAUGCUGUUGAUUGGGGCAACAGCAAUACGGAACAGGUAACCCAUGAACUGUCCCAUUAACAAGUUGCAGAGGGAAAAUCUUGUGUAAACUUGUGGCGUGGUUAUUCAUCAAUCUCUUAAUGCAUCGUCUUGAUUUAUUUUACUUUAUGCAAGUUGCAGGCACAAGUUAUAGCCAACGCGGCUAGUAGUUUUAUCUUAGAAGAGCUGAAAAUGGAUUAUGUUUACGAUUACAUGUUUCAUCUAUUGAAUGAGUACGCCAAACUCUUGAAAUAUAAGCCACGCAUUCCUCCAAAUGCAACUGAGCUUUGUUCCGAGGCGAUGGCCUGCCCAGCCCAGGGGUUCGAGAAGAAAUUCAUGACGGACUCGACCGUUAAAGGUCCAAGCAGCGAAGCGCCUUGUGUUAUGCCUCCUCCUUAUGAUCCCGCGACUUUUCGUUCCAUCAUUGAUAGAAAAGAAAGCUCAAUAAAGCAAGUAGAGAAUUGGAAAACCCAAGAUUGGGAAAGUUAAAGUAAGCAUUACAAGAUUGAGUUAUGUUGCUCCUAGGUGUUCAUCCUGAAUUAUUAUAGAAAUACGUACAGAUAUCAGCUUCGUAACAUCUUUCAUUUCGAGAGUCAGAUUCGACAGAGAAGCAUAGCGAACAGACACUCAUUUCCAGAUCUCAUCUUCUGUUGUCCAGAGAGUUUUUUGUUCUGAAUGACUGAUAAGGGCAGAGGUAUGUCUGGCUUCGAAGACUAAGCUGACUGCAAAAAGAGCUAGUCCAUCAUGAUUCUUUAAUCAAAGUAGCUAAUCCCGCAUUUGCCAGCUCUGAUCGCACUAAUAAUCAGAAUUUCUGCUCGGCUGCAUCCGGAUAGCUGAACAAGGGCCAGUCUGCUGAGCUUCUUGAACACUGAAGUUGCCAGAACUCAUAAAAACAAAGAAUCAAAAGUCCUCACUUCUGUCUUCGUAUUCAGUGUUACAGAUUUUUGGGGUAAGAUAAUGAGAAAUCUGCGCAUUGUUGCAUUUCUUGGGAGGUGGAUCUCCACAAAUAUCAAGAUUUUUCGAGGCCUUAGUUGAAGGGUAUUGAGCAUUGGAAGCUCUGGUCCUAUUUGCUUGGUUCGGAUGGCUUAAAAUUUUUUAACUUGACCUACCCUGCGAGAUUUUUAACCUUAAAGGUCUUUAAUUGAGAGUGUGAGAUCUCAGUGAGUUUUUGUUGCAUUGUCGUCGUAGUUCCUGGAAUAAUUCCUAUGAAACUCUUCUCAACUCAUCGAGAUGAAUCAAAACUGAUUAUUAAUUUAUCACUAUAUACUUCAUAACGUGAAGAAAUUAAAUUAGUCCUGAUAAUCUUUCCGAAAG